AUGGAGGAGGAGGAAGGGGAGGAGUACCUGUUCAAGGUGGUGAUCAUCGGGGACUCGGCGGUGGGGAAGUCAAAUCUGCUGUCGCGGUACGCGAGGAACGAAUUCAACAUCAACUCCAAGGCCACCAUCGGGGUGGAGUUCCAGACGCAGUGCAUGGACAUCGACGGGAAGGAGGUCAAGGCCCAGAUCUGGGACACCGCCGGCCAGGAGCGCUUCCGCGCUGUCACCUCCGCCUACUACCGCGGGGCCUUCGGCGCUCUCAUCGUCUACGACAUCUCCCGCCGCACCACCUUCGACAGUGUCGAGCGAUGGCUCCAGGAACUCAGGAGUGAGUGGCCUCGCCUUCCCUUCCCUUCCGUUCCCUUCCCUCACUGCGCGCUCUACCUCUUACUUCGAUGGCCGUCGCUGGUUGCCUGCUUGUGCGAAGACAUUGCUGCAGUUUUGACAACUCUUGCCGAUCGAUCUUUUAUCUUCAGCGUAAAACGUACACCUGCCGUUGUACAUUGUACGUAGAUGGUGACUUUUUUUUUUUGGUUGGAUGGGGUAUUUUAUCCUGAUUUUUCUGAAUCUCCUUCAUAUUUUACUGGUGGGCUUGUCAAUACCACGUCUUCAAUUCUAUUUUCUUGUAGGCCUUUCUUGAAUUUUAAUCUGAGUUUCCCUGAAUAAACAAUAAGGAGACGGUGGUCGAGAAAUAGCCUGCGAUGUUUCUCCUGAUUGCUUCUUACUUAUCCUCGUGAAUCCUGUGGAAAGUGAGGAUGUCGCUUAAUGAAAAUUCGGUGGCUGAGGAAUUGCACGAUCCAACAAAAACUUAUGUUUUGAUCGGCGAACCAUGCAAAAAUACUCUGGGGAAAGUUCGUUUGAUCCUUUAAAACUCAUUGGAUAGAAUGUUAAUGGGCUCUUGUAGUAGAUGAAUAUAUCCAUUCUUGGACCAGGCGAUCAGAAAAGAUUACGUAUUGAAACAAAACAUUAAGGAUCUGGUUCAAGGAAUAAUCUUCUCUCCUCCUAUGCAAUGGCAAGCACUGGUGCUGCAAUGAUGUUAUUCCUCUUCUUCAGCAUUCCCAUUGAUUCUUCAUGGUUCCCGUUUAAGUAUUAUCCUCAAGAGGCACAUUCUCUGGGAGAGCAAGCAGCUUGGUUGAAUGAGAUCCUGUUUCUAAUUCGAUGAGGAAAAUGAAGAAGAUAGUGGGGCAUGUGGAGUUCGAAGCAUAGAUUUACAUGCUCGGAAACUUUAUAUGCCCCAAACAAAUAAACUAGACGAGUCUGAUUGGAUUGCCUUCAUGCAUGUGUUUGCAACAAACCUUUCCUAUGGCUAGUGCUGGUUUACAAGAAAGCAGUCAGGGAGGAUACAAUGCCUUACAAAGAGAGAAAUGUUGGUGGUGGUUAUUAAUUUAAUAUUCAUCUAACCUAGAAGGGGUCGUAUGAUCCCGUGGCCAAUGUUAAGCGUUUAUGACUGAUCAAGAAUUCAUCUACCUAGUUUUCUUUAUCAAUGUUUUCUGAUGUCAGCAUUUCUAGUUUCGUUAUAUGUUAUGGAGAGAUUCUAAGUAUUUGUGAUCAUAUUGCACGCUAGUCACAGUUCGUAAAUUGCCUGCAGGUGUCAUCCAUUUUCACAUUCUUAAUGUUCUAGAUUGGGAGAUUUCACUUUAGUCGAAAUUUAAAUUGAAUGAAGAUAAUGUUAUAUUUUUGAAGGUAAUCCUGCUCACAGUUGGUUAAAACAUUGAAUCGAGAACUGGUAAAUAUCUAGUUAAAAAUCAAGAAGAGCAUCUCAUCAUCAAAUCGAACUCAACUGAAACAGGUCUCUUCUUAUUGGAACUAAUUCUAGUGUGGACGUAAGUUCCUCAGAAACGAGAAAACUGCCAUGAAGAUCUUCUAUCAGUGAGGAAACAUGCAAAGUCACUUCUCCAGUUCGCUAAAUAGAUCUAGUCCACUGAAUCCAUAAAAAAAAGAAGAAGAAGUUAUUAGCCAUUGAAAUCGUGAAUGGCAGCAGAAAGAUAUAUUACAUCUAGUUAAGCCAACCAAAGAACUCCAGGGGUCUGUCUCUCAAGAGAGUUCAGAUCGUCACAAGCAGCCAGGAAAUCCUUGUUUGUUUGCUUAUAGCAUUUUUUUUUAAAGCUGCUAAGGCCUUUAUUUACCAUCAUACAAUAUUAAUGCACACAUGGAAGGCAAUUAGUUCCUCCCGGGUCAAAAUAUACGUUGACAAUAUUUUGGUUGCCAUAUAUAUAACUUGAAUAUUCCACCUCUGCUUUUCUUUACAACGUUUUUUUUCCAGAACUGUAGCAGAAGGUGUUUAACAAGUCAAACAUUUUUCCUCUUCUUGACACGUUCUUCUCAAAAAUCAAGAGCCAUAACGCUUUCUUUUCUUUUUUUUUUAAAUUUUCUAUGAGAGGAACAAAAUACGUCGCCAUAAUAAAACUUUCCCCAGAGAGCUUGGUUUUUUUUAUUCUGUGGAAAAAUUAUUUUCUUCAUCAUAUGAAUGUGCAUACCUCGUUGACCUUUUGCCUGUUGACCCCACUAACCCAUCCACUUGCAUCUUUUCAUCCUAUGGAUGUGUAAUACCUCGUUGACCUUUUGUGUGUUGACCCCACUAACCUAUCCAAUUUUAUCUUUUCAUCCUAUGGAUGUGUAUACCUCGUUGACCUUUGUGUGUUGAACAUUUUGACCGAAUUGUAGCUCAUUCGGACACGACAGUGGCGAGGAUGCUGGUGGGGAACAAGUGCGAUCUGGAGAACAUCAGGGACAUAUCGGUGGAAGAAGGGAAGAGCCUGGCGGAGAGAGAAGGGCUCUUCUUCAUGGAGACCUCCGCCUUCGACUCCACGAACGUCAAGACGGCCUUCGAGAUUGUCAUCAGGGAGAUCUACAACAACGUCAGCAGGAAGGUCUUGAAUUCUGAUUCUUACAAGGCCGAGUUGACCCUCAACCGGGUCAGCCUCACCGAUGACGGCAGCAGCGGCACCGACACCCAAGUCAACCGAGCUUCGACCAGAUCUUCCUGCUGCUAG